GCAUAGGACAUGGGUGGAUGCUUGAUGUUGUUACAGAUACGGUCAUGGGAGCACAUUCAUAUAGGGAGGCCCAUUAUUCGGACGGUUCGACCGGAUGGGCAACAUGAUCAGGAAGAUGACGCGGAUGAUUUUGAACCGAUAUUAGGGUCACAGCAUCGGCGCGGGAUGGAUCCUUUGGCAGUAAGCUGGCUUCGCGUAUAUCUUUCGAGAUCCCACUCCCCACAUACUCUCGUCUACUACAGGGACGCACUAGAUCGACAACGGGACGAGCAGAUGACAUGGCAACCUUACACAGCGGCUAAGAUGGAAGCUCUACCGCACAUAUGUACAUCGGGCCACGAGAUUUGGAGAUCGCGUUGUCCUCUUAUUUGCUUUGACAUCGUCGAGCUACAUCUCCCGGAUCGUGUCAUGCGUCAAUUCGGUUUGGAGCAGGUAAUUCCGCAAGCCUGUGACACCCAACGUCAACUACAUGCGAUCGAUCGGAGGACUGGGGACAAGAACUACCUCGUACGACAUAGAUCGCAUGUAGAUGCGUGGAACGACCGAGCAUCUACAUUGGUUGGAGGAGAUAACUUCACAGGUCAUAGCUCUGCUAUGUACAUGAGUUGGUACAGGCGCAUCUCCAUAUUACGCCUAACGAACAUCGCAUUUGCGCAGCCAGGAUCACAUUACCAUCCGACAUCUACGUUACUGGCUGAGCGCAUCCGAUCGGUGUUGAUACAAUGUAAUGACACGAUUCAAGGGGCCGCUACAUCGCCAGUUGACGUGGGCUAUCGGCUAUGUUCUCAGACCUUAGGCUCCAUUAAUGCGUCGUUGACCGAUGCAUUGAGUCAAGCGGGUUAUGAGUACCUCAUACCGACUCCACCCGUCAUUGGCGACGUAGAUGACACAUUCCACACUCCUUCUCCAAGGAGUUCAGCCCAUCGAGGUAGCUCUUCCAGAGGAUCCAGUUCUCGGUCCACAAGAGGCCGCCAGCGUUCAUCUACUCAGGGUCGGUCUUCCAGAUCGCCAUCGACAUCCGCUACUAUGUCGCCGUUCGUUCCCCCGUCUUCCAUCAACACUCCUCCGCCACAUCCAUCGCCUCCGCAAAGGAUUAUCACAUAUCAGCGUGCUAGUCAACGACGAGCUCCUACUCUUAAUGUCAUUGCGGAGGUUGACGAGUUCACACCAUCAUCAUCCACCGGUGCGCAAAACAAAAGGGGCCGGGGGUUGUAGUUUAACAAACUUUGUAUAUUCUUAUAUUAUUUUAACUUCUUGUAUAUUCUUGUAUGAUUUUAACUUUGUAUGUUCAUGAUUGUAAUAUAUCUUCGCAUUAUUUUCAUAAUUAAUUUUUUCAAAUCAAGCUGGUUCGUAAUUGAUUAAUAUGGAAUAGAUGGUAUUGAACUAGUUUAAUGCAGGUUACGUUCACUAUUUAGGGGAAAUGAAAGAAAAAAAAA